AUGCGUCUCACAUCACUGUUGCCUGACGGGGAGCCCAACUGUCUGGUCUUCAAAGUAAGACAGAUGCUGAUCAUGCUCGACUGCGGUCUAGGUCAAGAACAACUCUACGCAAUGCCAGUCCGAGAAGGAGGACUCACAGAAGACCAUAAAGACAAUAGUCACAACGCCGCCACAACAGGAUCAACAGCCGACAACACAACAGCUGGAUCCAAAAGAAAGCUACAAGAGACUGAUAUCCGUCAAGACUGGGCUUCAUUCUUGAAGGCGUCCUCCUCUCAGUUCCCCACGAAAAAGAUGGCGCGUGGAUCCAACAGCCAAACAAGUCAUAUAUCAAAAACUGCUUCUGCUACUACUGAAACAUCCUCAUCAGGACCAACAUCAACAGCGGACGGCACAAUCCAAGAUGGUAACAGCAACAUUCCUUCGAAAUCCAUGGCGACACGCGAGUACAUGUUCAAGCUACCAGACUUUUCAGGAGUCGAUCUCAAGGCAAUCGAUGUCGUUCUCAUCUCCAACUACAACCAUAUCCUCGCUCUCCCGUAUUUGACCGAGUAUACCGACUUUCAAGGCCGCAUCUUUGCAACAGAACCUACGAUCGAAUUCGGAAGACAAUUGAUGAUUGAAUUUGUCACAUUCUUCGGAACGAGCGUUACAUCGAGUCCACAUGAGAUCAUUGACAGGAAGGAAUUGGUGGCGCGAGCUGGUGCUGGGCUCUACCCUGCUUACACCCACGCAGACAUUAAAGCCUGUAUCGACAAGAUCCAACCCGUCCGAUUCCGGGAACACAUUUCGCUCUUUGGAUCACUGAAGCUGACGGCACACAGCGCAGGAUACUGUCUUGGUAGCUCAAACUGGCUGAUUCAAAUUGGCACAGAAAACAUUGCAUAUGUAUCGUCAUCAUCAACACAGGGGAACUUGCAUCCGGAUCUGUUUGACGGGACAUUAUUGGAAAAUGCGAGCACAGUGGUGGCGACGGACCUCUGCCCGCGAGGUAGCUUCACAUACAACACUGGUGUCAAUCUGGUCUGCCAAAGCAUCGCCAGCACGAUAGCGAGGAAAGGGAACGUGCUGAUCCCAUGCACCAUCUCUGGAUUUCUGUUCGAUCUCUUGGAGGAUGUUCAUCUUCACUUAAACAGGAUGGGUUUGAUCGGUCAAGUUCAGUACAGCUUUAUUUCACCGGUCGCCAACACAGCACUUCAAUACUCCAACAUUCUCGCCGAAUGGUACCGUAGGAUGGCACCGCGCAAGCAGGAAAUGGUGUAUAUCCCAGAGGCACCAUUGCUUCACGGAAUUCUACUGGACAAGGAAAAGGGCAUCGCCAAGCACUACAAGAGUGUACACGGAGCGUUUUCGUCAGACCUCAAGUUGCCGUGCAUUGUCUUUGGAGGUCAUCCAAGUUUGCGAUCUGGACCCAUGGUCAACCUCUUGCACAUGUGGGGAAACAAGUCCACCAACACUAUCGUCUUUAUCGAACCUCGGAUGGAUGUGGUGGCGGCCAUGGAACCGUAUGAGGAUUUGGCAAUUGCACAGCAGGCUGUUCAGCUGGACAUUCGGCUUUCUAUCGACCAGCUGGUGGAGGUGAUGAACAAGUAUCGGCACCCAAGACAUAUCCUUGUUCCAAUGAGGGCAAUUGCAUCGACACUGCCUGAUGGCACAGUUGAAUUGGCGGAUGCAAAAAGGACUGUUUCUACAUCGUCUACCCGGUGGUCGGCGUACAAGGUUGGAGAGCCUGUGCAACUUGGCAUGGGUUCCCUCUACGAGAGCGUCCUCUUGUCCGAAGAGCUGGCAAAGAGCAUUCUGCCACAGGCGUUUGGAAGCGUUUCAUUUGCACCGAUUGCAGGAUCUCUGUCAAUUUACAACAACCAGAUGCAGUUGAAACCUGCUUCUGUACAAGGCCGUCAGCUCUUGUCCCUCUACACCCAACGGCUCCUUCUUGGCGUCAUGAACUUGCCCCAUCUCCUCUCCGGUCUCACCGCCAUUGGGGUUACGAAUAUGGACGUGUCAGAAUCAGAGGGCAAGGAGAGCAAGGAAGAUAAGGAGACGGGAGUACCAGAGAUCAAGGUCGAGUUUGAGCUGCAGGGUCAGGCUGCGACGAUCGUUCUGCGGGAGAAGGAAACGAUUGUCAAGUGUGAUGAGACCAUUCGGUCGUUGCUUCGGGAACCUAUCCUGAAGUGUUUUCAGUCCUUCUAA